AUGAGUAAGCUUAGAUUAUAUGUAAAUCGGUUUUUCAACAUACUUCAGCUGGCAGCUAUUUAUGUUUACAUCAAUGCCUACUGUCUAUACUAUGCCUUCUAUGUUAUGAUUACGGGACAUGGUAAUAUAGGAAAUCUUUUAAGAACGCUGGCUUCCUCCUUGGGACCUCAAUAUACAUGUGUAAAGGGAUCUGAAAAGAUUCGAGGAGGAAAGACUAUGUAUUUUGUCAAUCAUCGCUCCUGGGCAGACUUCUUUGUCGAUGGAGAUAUGAUCACUGGCUGCAGCUACUUAUCUCGAAUGGCAGUUAUUUUUGCCUUCCCGUCCGCCUGUUUAUGCGGAUAUCUGAACCAAUUCAUUUGGUUCUUCAAGAGGAAGCGAGGCAUUAGCCGCGAAUGGUUCACCCACUUUUUCGAUGAGAAUUGGAAGGCUCGCCCUGAUCACGGAGUGAUCGUGUAUCCAGAGGGCCACCGCUUUAAGGGCGAGGGAACUCUACAGCUGAAAACUGGAGUGAUGGAGGUGGCUUAUAAUCUGAAAGUUCCUUGCCAGAUUGUGCUGAGCAAUGGAAAAGAGAACAUCAUGGACGAGAUCAGCCUCAAGAUUAACCGGAACGUGAUCUUGACGAUUUGCGUAUCGAAGGUGUUGGAUCCGACCAAGUUCGCUACCAAGGAGGAAUGGUUCGACUAUGUGAAAGCGGAAUGGGAAGCGACGUAUACCAAGCUUCACUCCUCCGAAACGGACGGACGACUGUUCGUUGGAUCCCUGCCCGGAGUCUUGGAGAAGGGUACCGGGUUGGAGACUGCGCCGCCCCACCGAAGACAGACUGCGAUCUUGUACACGCUGGCUGUGGUAUCUGUCGUUGUUGCUCUGAUCGCACUGUGUUGGUUGCGUGUUUGUUACAAACAGAAGAGAUUCGAAACUGAUCGCGAAUCCAUUGCUCGCGCUGUCGCUGCUCCGCUUCCCGUUUGCGUCGUUGGUAUUUCGCGAUGA